UUCCCCGGCUACAACCCGAAGUCGCUCGAGUUUCAUCGUUGGUUGUUUCAUUUGUGGGAAGCCAUUACCCUCGUCCGCGCUAAAGCAUCGUGCCAUAUUCCCACACGCGUCCGCUAAAGUAACAACAAUUCACGUAGUCAUAAGUGAAAUAUUAUGAGAGUGAAAGCCGAAAUGGACGACGACGAAAAGGGAAAAUUGUUUGUCGGCGGCUUAUCCUGGGAGACAACGCAAGAAAAUCUCCAGCGUUACUUCAGCCGUUAUGGCGAAGUCAUUGACUGUGUGGUUAUGAAGAACUCCGAGUCUGGACGUAGCCGUGGAUUUGGCUUCGUUACAUUCAGUGAUCCUGCUAAUGUUGGACUUGUUCUUCAGAAUGGGCCACAUCAGUUGGACGGUCGUACGAUCGACCCAAAGCCUUGCAAUCCACGCACCCUGCAGAAGCCGAAACGCAGCGGUGGCUUUCCAAAAGUCUUUCUUGGUGGCCUUCCCAGCAACGUCACCGAAACUGACCUGCGACAAUUUUUCGCCCGCUUCGGCAAGGUCAUGGAAGUGGUCAUAAUGUACGACCAGGAGAAAAAGAAAUCCAGAGGAUUUGGAUUUCUCAGCUUCGAAGAUGAAGACGCCGUGGACCGAUGUGUAUCCGAGCAUUUCGUCAACCUAGCCGGCAAACAGGUUGAGAUAAAGCGUGCGGAGCCACGUGACUCAUCCAGCAAGAUGAAUGACAGUCAUCAGGGUCAGUGGGGUCCACCACAGCAGGGUGGUCCACCAAUGGGUAUGGCCGGUAAUAUGGGCCCCAUGGGUGGACCCAAUGGCCAGAUGGGUGGCCCCAUGAUGGGUGGACCAAUGGGUCCACCUGGUAACAUGAUGCAGCAAUAUCAGGGCUGGGGUACAAGUCCCCAGACUGGUGGUUAUGCUGGUUACAGCACCCAGUACAAUGCUCAGGGCUGGGGUGCACCACCAGGGCCACCCCAGCAGCAACAAAUCCCUCCACCUCCACCUCACCAGUGGGGCAGCAACUACAGCGUUCAGCCAGCUGCAUCAACUCAGGGAUACGGAAACUACGGUGGGCCGGCGGCGGCCACUUCAGGGGGUUAUGGGCCCACAGCUGGUACUGGUGGGGCUGCGGGGGGUGGUCCGGGUGGUUCCUGGAACUCCUGGAAUAUGCCACAAAAUGGCCCACCGCACGGAACCCAACCCCCACUCCAGCCCCCUCAGCCCAACUCCUCGCAGCCCAACUCCAACUCGAACCCCUCUGGCCCGCAGGGUGAUAUGUAUUCAAGGCAAACGACAGGCUCUGGUGCGCCAGGAUCUAGCAGCAGUUCAGCUAAAACACCCGAUUACAGUGGCUACACUGGUUACACCGGGAGUUUUCCUGAUACGGCCUAUCCUCAACGUUCUUAUCAGGGUGGUGAUAGUAACCAAGUUCCCAUUCAUCCACCAAAAUUCAAAACCGAGACCGGAAGUCUGACACUCGUAUCAAAUGGAGAUGCACCGGGUCCUCAGCGUUUCUCCCUAUCCCAUCACUCAAAUUACCAUCCCUAUAGACGCUAGGCGUUGAAAACAGAGGAAUGUCACUGGAAAAUAGAGAAAAUAAAAAACGAAGCGGAAUAAAAAAAGAGAGAGGGUGUGAAAAACCAGGUCCAAACACAAAAAAGAGCUUUAACGACGGCACAAAAGAGCGGAACAAGUGUGAAGAUUUUUUUUCCUCCCCAUCGCGACGUGUGUGCAGAGGAGAAAAAAUAACAAGCGCUCCAGCACUAUUUUUUGACUGUUGAAAGUAAAAAAUUUUUCUUUUCUAGAAUUUGUUAUUUUGUAGACGUAACUUUGCGUGAUUUCCCCCCUUCAAUUUAAGGAGUAAUAAGUCUAGAAGAAACGAUAAUAGAGGCUUUAUAAAAUUAAGGGAAAUUAAUUACGAUUAUUAAUAUUUUAAUAUUCUAUGAAAUUUUACAUAAUACUAUUGUCAAUACGAAUCGAGUGGACGAAUUA